UCUUGACAAUUGCUAAAAAUAUAAACAAACCACAAAAACUGAAUCACCACCAAAAACUACAAUAAUUCACCAAAAAGACACAAUAAUUUAAAAAUGACUGUCAUGGAGUUCUUUGGAUGCACAUUUUUGGCCUUCGGGCCACCAUUCGCGAUGUUCCUGUUUACAAUAAUUCAAGAUCCCGUCAGAGUAAUAAUACUCAUCGCUGCCGCCUUCUUUUGGCUACUGUCCCUACUGUUAUCCGGCCUUUUGUGGUUUGCAGUGGUGCCCCUUCGUCAGUAUUUAAUGUUCGGAGUAGUGUUCUCAGUUUUCUUUCAAGAAGGAUUCCGCUACAUUAUCUACAAGAUCCUACGUAAAGCCGAAAAUGGCCUAAUGAAGAUAACUGAUGACCAUGCCACUUUAAUAGACAACAAACAUAUUUUGGCAUAUGUGAGUGGACUAGGAUUUGGUAUUAUUAGUGGAGCCUUCUCUUUAGUGAACAUCUUGGCUGAUGCCAUAGGGCCAGGCACAAUGGGACUGAAAAGUGGCAAUGAAAUGUUCUUUCUCUCCAGCUCGGCGACCACUUUGUGUUUCAUUCUAUUAAACACUUUUUGGAGUGUAAUUUUCUUUAACGGUUGGGACAAUAAAAGUAAAUUGCAGAUCGGAUAUGUCUUGGCGAGCCAUUUAAUUGCAUCAUGUUUGACAUUUUUUAAUAGAUACCAUGUUUAUUCAGCAACUUUGGUACCUUUGUAUCUGAUUACAACAAUUACUGGACUAUAUGCUUUUAGGGUUGCCGGAGGAAGUUAUUUAAGUGUAAAAGCAUUUUUUGGAUGUCAUUAAAAAUAGCUUUAUUUGCAGACUAAUAGAGUGUAAUUUGAGUAAAUUGAGUAACAUUAUUAUAGUAUUAAUUUAAUUUAGGCAAUAGGUAAAAGUAGCUUUGUAAGUUUUAUAAAUUUGUGUCUAAUAAAUUAUUAUGUACCUAAAUA